AUGAGCAAGGUGUGCGUCACCGGAGCUGCAGGGUACAUCGCGUCAUGGCUCGUCAAGAAGCUCCUCGAGAGAGGCUGCACCGUCCACGGGACCCUGCGGAACCUCGGGGAUGAGAAGAAGGCGGGGCUGCUGAGGGGGCUCCCCGGCGCGGCGGAGCGGCUGGUGCUGUUCGAGGCGGACAUCUACGACGCCGCGUCCUUCGAGCCGGCCAUCCAGGGCUGCGAGUUCGUCUUCCUGGUCGCCACCCCGCUGCAGCACAACUCCGGCAGCUCCAAGUACAAGGACACCACCGAAGCAAUCGAGGACGCGACGCGUGCCAUCCUACAACAGUGCGAGCGGUCCAAGUCAGUGAGACGUGUCAUCAGUACAGGGUCUGUUAUCACGGCGUCGCCACUCAGCGAGGACGGGAAAGGGUACAAAGAGUUUGCGAAUGAGUCCUGCUGGACCCCGCUCGGCCUGCCCAUUGAUCACAGCAACGAAUUCAUGGACGAUUACCUUUCCUCUAAGUGCAUCGCUGAGAAGGAGCUAGUCAAGUACAACGAGCGCCCCUCGGAGAGCAGAGCGUUCGACGUCGUCGUCCUGUUACUGGGCCUCGUAGGAGGAGACACCCUCCUGCCGUACAUCAACGAGAGCCAACACUUCAUGCUGUCGCCUUUCACCGGCAUCGAGCCUUACCACAACGCCCUCAGGUACACGCAGGCCCUCCUGGGCGCCGUGCCGGUGGUGCAUGUCGACGACGUCUGCGAGGCGCACGUCUUCUGCAUGGAGCGCCAGGGUGACGUCGCCGCCGGCCGUUACCUCUGCGCCACCGCGCACCCCAACAUGCAGGAUCUGGUGGAGCACUACGCGAGCAAGCACCCAGAGCUCAAACUAGCGCGGAAAGAGGUGGUGGGAGAGGGAGUCAGAGUGCAGGCCAACACGAACAAGCUUGUGGAGCUGGGGUUCAAGUUUAAGUACCGGGCAGAGGAGGUGCUUGAUGGCAGCGUGGAUUGCGGGAAAAAGUUAGGAGUGCUGCCAGUGGCGGAUCAAGGAUCCUAA